AUUUGAAGCUUUUCAUUACAAACCUGCAAAAUGGAGAAACUGAACCUUUGUGAUAUAUCUGAGGUGUUGUCAGUGGAAUUGAUUGAUAAAAUAUUUAAACUAAAGACUCAUAGCCAAGACGACGCGGUUAAAAUUGAAAUAUUGCGAGCUGGGCCUGCAGGAGAAGGAUUACUUGGUGCCGUUUAUCGAAUUUAUGCUUCAGGUUAUCAACACAGCACCACGUUAAUCGCGAAAGGACUAGUGCGAGAUUUAUUAUUGAGAAAAACUUUACAAUGCGCAAAAUUUUUUGCUCGAGAAAUAUUGUUUUACUCGAAAGUAUUACCAAAACUAGUGGAAAUACAAACGUCGUUAGGAGCCAAGGAAAGAAUACAAAAUUAUUUACCAAUUUGUUUCUAUAAUUAUUGCGACGGUAAAAAUGAUUAUUUCGUGCUCGAAGACUUAGCAGAAAGAGGGUUUUCUUCGAUAUCACACAAUCACACAGAUGUAGAAAAAGCUGGCAUAUUGAGAGCCAUAGCACAUUUCCACGCUACUUCGAUAGCUAUGAGAUUAAGGAAUCCAGAAGUGUUCUAUCAAUUAGUGAAGCAAUGCCCAGAAUCUUAUUAUACUGAAGAUAGAAGAGUAUGGUACUGCAAGUAUCUUAAAUCUGCUCUUGAUGUCGAUAAACUGGUUAUAGCAGAGUAUGAAAAUAUCGAUAGUAUUUAUUACAAGAAAUUUAUGAGUGUUUUUAACAGUGACGUUUAUAAACAAUUGAUGGAAAUUACCUCAACUUUGAGUGAACAUCCUGUACUUAAUCAUGGAGAUUGUUGGUCCCCAAAUUUUAUGAAAUCCAAAGAUCAAGUCGUUGUCUUUGACUUUCAGUUAAUAAGGUUUUGUUCACCAGCUACUGAUCUUUCUUCAUUUUUGCUAUGUAACCUAACUGGUAAUCGUCGAAAAGAUGACUUUGUAAAAUCAGUGGACUUGUAUCAUAAUUACUUGGGUUAUUUUUUGCAUGAUAUGAAUUUAGAUGUGAAUAAAAUAUUCCCCAGACAUGUUCUCGACGAAGAAUUGAGAAAGUAUGGGAAAUAUGGAUUUUAUACAAAUUUGACAUCAAUUCCAUUGAUUGCAAGUGAAAAGUGUGACGUCAUGAAUACAUUCGAAGAAAUAUACCGCGGCAAAGAUGUUAUUCCCCUGGAGGAUCUGUGGAAGUUAACACCAAUGAAAACUCGUGAACACAAACUGCGCUUAGUGAAUGCAUUACACGUAGCUGUUGAUUUGGGACUUUUAUAAAGCAUAUUUUCAUUAUCAAACUUUUUUGCGUUAAAAGUAGGUACCUAAAGUUUUAUUAAAAGUUAAAAUUAA